AUGUGUCAUUUAAACGCUCAUCGAUGUAUACCACAUGGUCUUAUAUAUACUUUUUUAAGUAUAAUAAGUAUAUGUUUUCUAAUUUUAACUAUUGUCUUUGCGAGUCUAUAUCAUAAUUCUAAUCCAUCGUCUAUUGUAUAUGCAGUUGAAAAAGGAGCAAUUGGUUUUCCUAUACGCUUACCAAAUGAUGGUCGAUAUAUUCAAUGGACAUUUUUACAUUUAAAUGAUGUUUAUGAAUUAUUACCACUUUAUAAUGGACGAAAAGGUGGUUUAGCUCGUGUUGCUUAUAUACGGAAAUUAUUAAAAGAAGAAAAUUCAUAUACUUAUACAAUACUUGCUGGUGAUUUUCUUUCUCCAUCAGUAUUAAGUAGAUCAGAAAUAAAUGGAACAUACUUAAAUGGUCGACAUAUGAUAGAAACAUUUAAUACCAUGGGACUAGAUUUUGUAACAUUUGGAAAUCAUGAAUUUGAUUUAAAUGAAAAAGAUUUACUAUUGCGUAUGAAUGAAUCAAAAUUUUCUUGGAUAAGUACAAAUAUCUAUCGUAAAAAUAGUCCUGAAUUAUUUGGUACAAGUAUUUCACAUAAAAUACUUAUAAUUAAUGAAGUUCGUAUUCUUAUUAUUGGUUUAACAAUUGAUAAAAAUCAAUGUUAUGUUAAAAUUAUUAAUGAAACAUAUCUUAUAAAACACGUUCAACAAUAUCUUCAACAAUUUUCUCCUCAAACAUAUGAUAUUCUUGUUGCUAUAACUCAUUUAAAAAUGUCAGUAGAUAUAAAACUUGCUGAAAAUAUCCCACAAAUUGAUUUAAUUCUUGGUGGACAUGAACAUGAAGAUUAUUAUUAUUUACGAGGAAAUAAAUAUACACCAAUUUAUAAAGCAGAUGCUAAUGCUUUUACAGUUUAUAUACUUCGUUGUGCAUAUAAUAUUGAUACGAAAAAAUUUCGUGUUUAUCCAACAUUAACACCGAUAACACCAGAAGUUCAAGAAGAAGAACGAACAUCAAAAGUAGCUAAUUAUUGGUUUAAUUUAGGUAUCGAAGGAUUUCGUGCAUCAGGUUUUGAACUAAAUGAAACUGUUUCAUGUCUACCAUUAGGAACUGAAUUAGAUGGUAGAUUAAAAUCAGUUACAACUUCCUCUACAUUAUUAACUGAUUUAAUUUGUCAAAGUAUGAUCAAAGCUAUUGGAUUAAAUAGAACAACUAUUGCACUUUUUAAUAGUAGUACAUUACGUCUUAAUGGUUUUCUACGAGAAAAAAUAACACAAUAUGAUAUUUUACGUACAUUACCUUACAGAAGUCCUAUUAUCGUUCUUUUAGUACCUGGUGAAUUACUUGCACGAGUACUUACGAAUGGUACAUCAUUGAAACGAGUUGGACCAGUUCUUGCUUAUGCGGGAGUGGAAACUUUAAACAAUGGUGAAACAUGGUCAGUUAAUGGAAUUGAUAUAUCAACAAGUGGUGUUAAUUAUACAGUAGUAACAACAGAAUAUACAAAAUUAUACAAUCGAGAUGUUAUUGUAUUACAAAAAACUAAUCUAACACAAGCAAAAACAUUGAUUAAUUAUUUAAAAAUAAAGUAUCCUCCUUGUUAG